AUGGGUGGUACGACCAUAUCCGGAAAGCACAUGAAAUUCCUGAUCGAGACAGCAGAGAAAUGCGCUGGUCCGAAGGAAGUCCAGGGAGGCGUGGAUCUCCUUGUGGCUACUAUGGCGGCACAUUGGUUCUCAAUGCCAGAGUUCUGGGCAGAGGCGGCCAGGAUUGUGAAACCGGGGUGGAAAGGUUGCAUUGUGGACAUGCGCUUCACUCCAUUGCCGUAA